AUGUUCGCCGACGCCGGCUUCAGCUUCUCCGCCUACUCUCCUUCCCCGCAGCCGCAGGGCUACUCAUACUCGCCCCCGCUCUUCUCCCACCCCUACCCCGACCACUCCUCCUUCUCCUCUGCCCCCAACACCGCUGCUCCGGCGCAACCGCCGCAACUCCCUCUCCCUCUCCCUCUCCCUCUCUUGCACCAGCAACACCAACAACAUCAAGCCGCCGCUGCACCCGACGACGACGACGCCUCCGCCGCCAUGUACCACCACCUGGGAGACAUGGGGCAGCCAUCCCUGAUAUCAGAGUAUGACCUUGGAGCAGAGGGCGACCUGUUCAAGGCCCCGGAGCCCAUAAUCGAGGAGCCGCUGCUGGCCCUCGAUCCCGUCGCCGCCGCCAUCUCCAUGAUGUCCGGCGGCGACAACGCCAUGGACGACAGCAUCAAGGUCUCGGACAUGGGCCUGAGCGAGGUGCUGUACGAGUGCGAGAAGGAGCUCAUGGAGAAGUCGGCCAUCGAGGAGACCAUAUCCGAGCUGCUGGACGUCAAGAUCCCCAUGCUGCAGGUCGAGGACGUGCCCGGGGAGCUCAGGGCCUCCUCGUCAUCGACAAUUGCCGCCGGCACCGGCGAGUGCUCGCUCCAGAAGAGCGUCAGCUCCGGGUGCCUCAACUCGGGCGACUGGAUGAACGGGUCGGCGGUGAGGCCCAACUUCCUCGACUUCCAAGGGCUCGACUUCGAGGCCGCCUUCGGGCUCCGGCGAGCCUACAGCGAGGGUGACAUUCAGAAGCUUGGUGCCAAUACCCCUCGGCCUGGGAUCGCGGCAAAUGUGCAGGCAUCUGGUGAGAGGCUUGUGACCAUCAGCGACCUCAAAAGCGAGGAGAGGAAGCAGAAGCUCAACAGGUACAGGAAGAAGAAGAUCCAGAGGAACUUUGGCAGAAAGAUCAAGUAUGCUUGCAGGAAGGCUCUGGCAGACAGCCAGCCGAGGGUGCGAGGGAGGUUCGCCAAGAUGGACGAUGGCUACAUGCUCAAGCCAAGGAAGUAG